CAUUUUAUGUCCGCGUCCGCGUGUCUAACGUCAGUCCUUGUUGUCGCGCAUUUUGUCACGGAUCGAUAUAUAGCUAUAUAGAGAGGGGAAAUAAACAGGGGAAGGAGAUAGAUGCGGGUGGAUGUGUAUGUACAUGGUGGUCCGCGUAUUUUAAUGACAAUUGCAUAAUCUUCGUAAUUUCGCGUCAGGGUCGGUCAGGGUCGUUCUUGUUUAUUUAUUUCUUAUAAAAAUCGUGGCGUGGAGGUUGGCAUGCCUGGGCCUCCGUCGCUCUUUUUCUUGCGGGAGUGUAUUAUAUAUGUUUGUUGUUAUACACUCGUGUGUUUACAUUGUAACUCGAGGAAUAUUGUCACCUUAUAAGGACGAAUCGAAGGGAAUCGAGUAUACGUGCAGUGAUGUCUCAAGCGUUGAAAUGCUCGGUAUCGGAAAAAGACACUGAUAAGCAGACGUAUGUUAAGCAGGAGUCUAUAAAUUUUGGAUACGAUGCUUCUUCGUAUGCCAAUUAUUCUUCGUCGUCGUCUUCUCCCUCAACUAUCACUCAACCUUUACCUGGACAACCACCCUUGCCACCUAUGCCACCUCCACCAAGUGGAGUUCCACCUCCGCCUCAUGUAUUUGGACCAGUGCCUUCCCAAGUCACUCCGAUUCAAGCAUGGACACAUCCACAUGCCCCAUGGCAAUGGAUAACGCCGCAAACCUCCCCUAUACCACCACCGACUCCUCGCGAAAUUACUAAUACUUUUCAAAGGGAAAUGCCUUUAAGGGGUAACUAUGUACGUCGCGAGCGAUUUAGUCACAAUAGAAGCAAUAUGUAUGUUCAGAGAAAUAAUUUUCAUCGUAAAAAUAGAAGGCUGGCGCGAUUCGGGCAGUCGCAAGGUCAAUUCGAUCAGGCAGCAUACUUUGCAAACGCGACACUGACGGGCAGUCUCGGUUUAGAAUGGCAGAGAAAUAAUUAUACCGCGACAGCGAAUGAUGCUAUAAUCAACCACAUGACUGUACCUUUACCUAAUCAUCCUAUACCUCCCAUUCCACCAGGAAUUGUGACCAGCAGGCAUAGCGAAGAAACAGAGGAUCGAGAUGUGAAAACUAAGGAAGUAAUAGUAAAGAAGGGUAAACCAAGGAAACCAAUGUCCCAAAGUUAUCCCAGUAGACCAUGGAAUAGAGAGGACGCGGAGAGAGCCUUGAAGACUGAAAACGAAUAUAACAAGAAAAAUAAGAUUAAUGCGCAAAGCUUGAUAAUUAAGUUUCCCGAUCCAGAUCUAAAUAAAGACAUUGUUAGAUUAUUUCAUCCUGGUAUACAAAACAUACAUUUUCAAAGUCCAAGCGGGCCGAGAUACUGCUUCAUCCAAAUGGCAGAGAAUGUGAAUAUCGACGAAGCUAUAAAAGAUUUGGAAAAAAUUCAGUUUGGUGUAGGAAAUUUGAAAGUCGAGAGAAAGUCGUUAAGAGACGAGGAUAAUCCUAUGCCCGAAGAGAUAGAUCCUUAUACUUUAUACAUAGGAAACUUGCCCGAAUCUGUUAACGUAAACGAGGUGAAAAGCAAAUUUCCAACAGCACGAGUAGAUGUAGGAUACGCGCAAAAGAUGAGAAAUACUCGAUAUGCUUUUAUAAGAUACAAUAGUGUAGAUGAAGCGAUAUCAGCUUAUAAACAAGCGCAUGAUUUGAUGUGGGAUACGAGGAGUAUUAUUGUUAGAUUUAGACGGCAGCGAGGUAACGCUUGUCUUCCUGGUGAACCUAAGCCUAAUGUUAAGAAAGUUAAAGAAGAGUCGAAUAAUGCUGCGCAAGUGAAAAAGGAGCAGAAUCACAUUGACUUUAAGCCUAAUGUUAAGAAAAUGAAGGAAGAAGCAAAUAGCGCCAAUCAAAUGAAGAAAGAUGAUAAGAUUAAUCACGCGGAUAAAUCGUUGACGAAUCAAGAUGCAAAUAGCGUUGAAGCACGAUUACAAGAUAGUUCUAAUAAGGCACAAAAUAAAUCGAUCCCGCAAGUUCAGGAACAAAACACAAACUCUCAUCCCUCCAUGGUACCGACUUCGAUUACAUCAGCUAAAACGGCACAAGAGCAACAACAGCAACCCUGGACGUCGCAACCUCCUCAGAUACCCUCAGCAUCGGAAGCUCCACCACCAUGUCCAACAGAGGCAGAUGCUGUCAAAGAAACAAUGAUGCUUAGUGAGAUUAAAGAGGAACCUCAGGAUUAUGAAGAAAUGGAAUCGUGUAUGCAAUUAGAGGAGGAGGACUACGACGACGAUGACGACGAUGAUGAUGAUGAUGACGAUGAUGAUGAUGAUGAAAACAAUGUUGACGAUGACAAUGACAACGAGGAACCGGAUGACACUGAUGAUAAUGAGGACGAUUUUGAAGAGGACGAGAAUAGUGAUGAUGAGGGGACUAUGUUUUACAAAAAGCCACUAGAGAAGCCAUCAGAGACAUCACCAGAAACACUACAUGAUAAUGAAGAUAAAUCAACUGAUCAUCUUGAUCAAAUGUUCAGUGAAUUGGAGAAUAGGACAGGCGAAAUCGGUUUUUUGAAGCAUUGAAUAAUAUAUAUCGUUUUAAUGCUAGUUAUCAUGCUGAUCCGAUUUUUAUGAAAAUUAAUUUCAUAUGUAAUAUGUAAAUAUCACUAGUUACGUAAAUAUAAACAAAUAAGACUGCAUGUAUUUAAAUACUAUAGUGUAAGCGAUUGCAGAAUCGUGUUGAAGCAUUUUGUAAUUAUCUUUUUUUUUUCAAUGAAUUUCAAUGAAUAUAUCCAAGCUUAAA